GGUAGAUGGCGUUGUUUCAAGCGUUUAUACUUCUGUUGUUCUCUACGAGAUGGUAAUCUCUAUCAUUUCUACAGUGUUCUCGAGUGUUUAGUGUUUCUCUAGAAUUUUUUUUUAUUAAAAAUCUUCACAUUUUUGUGAAUGAAAACAUUUUAUUAUUUUUAUCUCACGCGUACUCCGUUUCUUGGAUAAUAAAAACUUAUAUGACGGAUCCUAACCUAUCGAAGAAAUUUUUGCACGCCUGUCAAAGUGGAGACUUAUCAAGAGUAGAAACUCUUGUAUCCAAAUAUGAUAUUCAAGAUUGGACAUUCUUCCGGCAUUUGUCUUCUGGUGACACCGCUUUGCAUGUUGCUGCUCGUGCGGGUCAUUUGAAUAUCGUUCGAUAUUUAUAUGAAACUUUCGAGAAACCAGACUUUAAAGUCGAUGUUGCCAAUAAAGAUAUGAAGAGACCAUUGCACGAGGCGGCACAGUUUGCACGCAACGAUAUCGUGAAGUAUUUAAUUGAAAAAGGUGCAACCAUAGAUGCAUUGAAACGCGCUGAUUGGACACCGCUCAUGCUGGCUUGUACAAAAACCGGAAACGAUGCGUACGAAUGCGUUGCCGCGCUUUUGAGGGCACAAGCAAAUCCGUUUUUGCGAAAUAAAGAUGGAUGGACACCGUUACAUUUGAUCUGUCGUUCUGGCAACGAAGAUGCAUUUGAUUUAUUGGUGAGUCAGUUCACUAGAUGCAUCGACGAUCGAAGCAAUAAUGGCCGAAGCGCUAUACACAUUGCUGCAUUUCACGGACACGAACGUUUGGUCGAUCGACUUUUGGCGCUUAAUUCGAAUUUUCUGAAUGCGCGGGAUUCCACAGGAUCCACUCCUCUUCACGAAUCUGUUAAAGGAGGUCAUCUAAUCGUGACGAAACGAUUAAUAGAUCUGGGAGCUGAUGUUAAUGCUACGGAUAAUGUUGGUCAGACCAUCUUACGCAUAGCAGCUAUAAUUGGAAACGAAGAAGCUGUGAAAGAUAUUUUAGAAAAUUAAUAAGAAGGAGCGGCGGUCAGGUUGUUGUGAUUGUUGGGCGGUGACGUGGUCGUUGUUGUACCCACAUUGGAGGCGGCGUGCGGCGACAAUCCGGAGCUGUCUGUGGUAGGCGCCGACGGAUUCGACGAGGUGUUGUGAGAGCCGAAGUCCUUGCCGCCAUUUGCGCCACCACCGCCGCCGCUGGUACCGGAAGAACCACCGGAGCUUCCGGCCACCGUCUUGGAGCACCUGAGGCACUUGGGCAACCAGGAGUGGCGGCGCACGAACUUCCUGUAUUCCUUCCUCACCUGCAAUGGCGAAGCAAACCCACCCCCCGAACGAAAGUUUUUUUUAACGGUGCACAAGAAGAACCAAGGCAAGUGCGAGCGGCGCGUUAGUUUCUCGUUCGCGAUGAAUUUCAAAAAAAGAAAAAAAAAAAAAAAUAAAGUAAAAGUAAGGAAACGAUCUUUCGAAGGAUGAUCGAUACGACGAAGGAUGAAUAUGCAAUUAUAUUGAGAAACAUGAAUCGAUCGAGUUUACGUACGAAGCGUUGGUGCUGAAUUUACAGAUAAAUCAGGAAAAGAGCGGUGCAUCCUGCAGUGGCAACCAAAAUGUAAAUGUUA